AUGGAGGAAGAUGAAAAAUCGAAGGCAACAAUUGUAUCUGUAAUAAGCCCAAGGACACCCAGUAUUUUGCCAAGCACGGGUGAUAUUGUCACAGCCAAGGUGACUGUUGUGAAUUCUCGUCUUGUCCAAUGCAUAAUACUCUGUGUGGGUCCCUCUGUUUUAGUCAGACCUUACAGAGGAAUACUCAAAAAGGAAGAUAUAAAAUCUACAGAUAAAGAUAGAAUUGAUCCAUACAAGUGCUUUAGACCUGGAGAUGUUAUUUUAGCUAGAGUUUUACCAAUGACGGAGAUUCACUGGUACCAUUUAUCAACAGCAGAAAAUGAACUUGGAGUUGUUAUAGCAACAGCUGCUGGUUCACCACAAGGUGUAAGUAUGGUGCCUAUAAGCUGGUCUGAAAUGCAGUGUCCCAAGACUCUGGUUAAAGAACCAAGGAAAGUGGCGAGAGUUAUACCUGAGAAUAUAAAUCAAUCUUUAUUUCCUGUUAAUUGUAACCAGGAAGACAAAGAAAAUGAGAAGGAA